AUGACUCCAGAGUAUGCCAACCUGAAGCCGUGGCUGAGUUUUGACCACGUGCAACCUUCCCAAGUGCCAGUUGUCAUGAAAUGGACACAUAGCAUUCUCCAGGAAGAGAACUUUGUCAAUGAAUGCAGAGCCAUUGAACAAGCGCGAUCGUUAGCUUUUGAGCUUGGGGUUUACGACGGCGUUCAUGGUCCUCAUCUUGGCGAAGUGCGCACAUCAGAAUCUCGUCCAUGCCGACCUGUGAGAAGAUUAGGGGUUCAUCCUUUCACAGACAUCUUCAUCGGCAGUGAGAACGACCUUACUAUGUAUUCCACCAUUGUUUUGGAAUCCUGCCUUGGACAUGGACAGAUGCCAUGGGCAGCGGGGCUUCUGAGAGGAGGAGAGUUCUCUACCAUCAUGAAGCCAGAAGAUGAUUCAGCAUCCUCAUUCAGCGCUGUGUUUCUGCCAGAACACAUCAUGCCUACACUACAUGUUCCCAUUGUAGCAGUUCCCAAAGGUGAUCCAAUUCAGAUGAAACCGAAUCGACAAGAAGAUCCACAAAUGUUAGACCCGUCUGAUGGCUCUGAAGGCGAACAUCCACCAGGUCGGCAAAGAGAUCCUCACAGACCACCAUUGCGGUUCUUUCCUGCCUGGGUUACCCAAUUGUGGGAUUUACUACAAGCCGAAGGAGCAGUUGAGAUGGAAGAGGAAGGUCCAGUUUUGUAUUUGCAGUCCUUCUACAUCAGUCACCGGCAUCACCCUCACCAACACAUUUCUCGACCAUUGCGCAUUGACCGAGAUUAUGUGGAUUGGGAGAGAGAUUUCCGUUUUGUCUGGGAAGACUUUGUAGAUGAGAAUGCACCAAUGGACAUUCAUCUGGUACAGCCUGAGCACCCUCUUCCAGUUACAAGAGGGACUUCCUAUGGCAUGCAGGAGCUCUACAAGCUUGCGAAGAAGUACAACAACAAGGAUAUGGAUUCUGCACUAUCAAAGCUGGUCCUUUCGAGUUUGAUCAGACCAGACCGAUGCGCUUAUACGGACCAAGAGUGGGAAGCUAUCUUCUGUUCGCGAUUUCGUGCAGAUCCUGUGCCUCAGAUGCGCUUCCCAGAAGAUGAUGAUGCCGUACAUUUCAUGGCACGCUCCAGUGCCCAGUUAUUUGCAACAUACCAAGCAGCCAGUUCAUCCUCCACCACCAGAAGCAGGUCUGCAGCUUCCUCAGACCAAUCCAAUGUGGAUGAGGGAGAGAACUGGCGUUUAGCGAUUGUCUACACCGUAGAUGGACAAGCAGUACAAGUUGAUGUGCCCUGGACAGAUGCUCACCUUCGAGUUCAAAAGAUUGCGCAGGCUUUCUCCAUCCCAAUCCCAGAAGAGCAAGUCACACAGGUCUAUCAUGUAGCGGCUACUCCACAAGAUCUGGCACAAGAAGAACUUGAGUGUUUUCUUCUUCAACGAGAACAGGACGUACCCAGCUCGACGCUGUUACGCCUGAUCUUGGUUGACAUUGAAUACCGUCCAGAUCAUCGUGGUGCUGCAAUGCGGAUUGUACGCAGAGGUUUUUGGCUUCCACACAGGAGCAAUGCCAUCUCAAUCAUCAGACUUUUGGGGUAUGAGGGACAUUGUUCUCCCCGAUACAGGAGAUGUUCUCUUUGGCACAACCACCAUGUGAUUGACAUUGAAGCCAAUCAUCUCUUACAGCUCUCCCAUGGAGACUAUGUCAGAUUUCAUCUACCAUGGAGCCCGGACGAUGACAUGGACUAUCUCUUUGGUCAAGAAUGUCAACCUGCAUCAGAGGAACAUGCUGCCUUAUUCCAAGUACAGGCGAGCAUUAUUAUCACUGAUGGAGGUCAUUUUUCUGGAGCUUCGGCGCCGCACUGUCCCAUUCAGAUGAGAUCCAUUCGUGAGAGACGGCCACCUCGCGACCUUUUGCCCCAUGCUCUUCAAGAGCAAUUGCGAGCCCUCUGGGAUCGGCCACAUCUUCGGCAACGUUUUCCUGAUCGCUCUGAAGUGAUGCUCUUUGACACAUGGUUUCUCAGCAAUAGAGGAUUCCAUCGAUGA